CUGCGGCAAAUCCAAAAAGAAGCGAGCACGGCAAGUAGGCAACGACCCCCAGCGAGAGGCAAGCAUCUCUCUCUCUCUCUCGCCUCGCCCACUGCCGGUGGCUACUCCACCCACCCAUCCAAUCUCUCUUUCUCCCGCCGCACGCAAAUGGUCACCUAGGCCGCCAGCCCGGCGCAAUGUCGCACUGCCUCCGCGUCUCGCCCUUCCUCGCGCCGCCGCCGCUCCUCCCCUGCCGCCGGCCCCGCCGCGCGCGCUGCCGCCGCCACGCCCCGAGGCCCGUCCUAACCCUCGCGCGCCUCGACCCGCCCCCUCUGCUCCGCCUCAGGGUCUCCGACUCGAGCGACUGCCUUCCGAGCCACGGCCACGACCACCGCCCGCCGCCGCCGCUGCGGGCCCUGAUCGCCCCCCUGGCCUCCGUAUGGCGGGAGGGCCUCUUCCUCGUGCGCUGCUCCGCCUUCGCCGCCGCGCUCUCCGUCGCCGCCGCGCUCGCCUGGUACGCGCAGCACCGCGCGCGGGCCUUCGUGGAGGCGCGCCUCCUCCCGGCCGCCUGCGCCGCGCUCGGGGACCACCUCCAGCGGGAGGUCCGCGUCGGCGGCGCGCGCAGCGUCUCGCCGCUCGGGAUCACGCUCCACACCUGCUCCGUCGGCCCGCGCGCAGACGAGUUCUCCUGCGCCGAGGUGCCCGUCAUGAAGAUCAGGGUCAGGCCCUUCGCCAGCCUCAGGCGGGGCCGGGUUGUCGUCGACGCCCUGCUCUCCGACCCCACCGCGCUCGUCGCGCAGAAGAAGGAUUUCUCCUGGCUGGGCAUCCCCGCGCCGUCCGAGGAGGGGAGGCCCAAGAGGAACUCGUUGGAGGAGGGCAUUGACUACCGUACCAAGACAAGGAGGCUCGCCAGGGAGAAGGCCGGGGGGCAGUGGGACGAGGAGAGGGACGGGGCCGCCAGGGAAUCUGCUCAAAGGGGAUACAUAGUUCCCAGUGGCCAAUCCACUUCACGUUCGGCUGACGAGAUGCUGGGGGAUGAUGGACCUGUCGGAAAUGGGAAAUCCGGCAGCCCGCCCCUCUGCGCCGAUGAAAUGCACAGGAACGACCGACACAUGGAUCCAGGCAUUAUUGACUCUAGCUCAAAGCAUGCGGAUUUGGAGAUAUCGUUCGGUGUGAAAUCGCGUAUCCCGGGCAUCAACUUGUGGUCUAGGAUGAUCCCGAACCCUACCAAGCGAAGAUACAGGAGAAAAGGUCACAGCAAGAUGGUAUCGGGCAUCGACAAUUCCUCUCAGGAAAGGAUCCUCCGGCGUAGCGCACAGGCUGCUGUGGCAUAUUUUGAAAACAUGGAUAGUGGUAAUCUUGAUAACUCAUCCCCUGGGAAUAAUUCACCUAACGGAGGAGGUCAUGCGAAUGCUGGUUCUGGCAAAGCCACUUCAAAUGAUGUAUCAAUUGUCAGCUCUGAUACGGCACCAGAGAAUUCUGGUGAAUUGCCAUCGAAUAGUAGUCGUUGUCUGGACUAUCCAGGUGAAGGCAAAUCUGCAAGUGCAAUGCCAAUCAUCAAUGCACAUGAUAUCUAUGCGGAGCAUUCUCAUAAUCAACAACCUAGCCAGCAUAGUUUGCAUCACUCCAGUAACAAAAUGUUGGUAUGCAACCAUUUGGAAGAUGUGCAGCAUGGCGAGGGCAACUUGUACCAAGGCCACAUGUUGGAGGAAUUUGAGAGUCUUUCUGAAGAUAAUAUUGGUCAGUCAUUUUGGCCUUUCCAGGCAAAGGACUCCCGUGUUAAUUUUAAUGCACCAUAUGCUUCUCUGGGUGUUGAAAUUCAAAAGUUGAAGUCGCGAUUUGCUAUCGGUCUUGAAGACGCCCCUGCUGGACUCGUACAAGGGGUUGACCAGAUAAAUCCUGGUGGGGCUCAGCAUAUGCUUCCUAUCACACUGGAUUCUGUUUAUUUCAGUGGAGGGAAUUUGAUGCUUCUAGGAUACGGGGAUCAGGAACCAAGGGAAAUGAAACAGGCUAAUGGACACGUCAAGUUCAAAAACUCCUAUAAUCGUGUACAUGUGCAUGUCACUGGGAACUGCAUGGAGUGGAGACAAGAUCAAACUUCUCAAGGAGGGGGUUAUCUUUCUACAGAUGUCUUUGUUGACAUAGCUGAGCAAACAUGGCAUGCUAAUCUGAAUGUAGUCAAUGCUUUUGCCCCGUUGUUUGAGCGUAUCCUAGAAAUACCAGUUGUCUGGCACAAAGGAAGAGCAACUGGUGAGGUGCAUAUCUGUAUGUCGAAAGGUGAUAGUUUUCCGAGCAUUCAUGGCCAGCUUGAUGUGAAAGGCCUAGGUUUUCAGAUAUUAGAUGCUCCCUCAUCAUUUUCGGAAAUACUGGCAACUCUGUCAUUCCGUGGUCAAAGAGUAUUUCUGCAUAAUGCAAGUGGUUGGUUUGGUGAUGUUCCAGUUGAAACUUCCGGCGAUUUUGGUUUAAAUCCUGAGGAUGGAGAGUUCCAUCUAAUGUGCCAGAUUCCAUCUGUUGAAGUUAACGCGCUUAUGAAGUCGGUGAAAAUGAAGCCUCUGAUGUUUCCGGUGGCUGGUGCUGUUACUGCUGUAUUUAAUUGUCAAGGACCUCUUGAUGCUCCUGUUUUUGUUGGAAGUGGGAUUGUCUCAAGGAAGUCCCUUUCAGUAUCUGGUAUGCCUCCAUCUGCAGCUUCUGAAGCUGUGAUCCAAAACAAGGAGGCUGGUGCAGUUGCCGCGUUUGAUCAUAUUCCCUUCUCUCAUGUAUCUGCGAAUUUCACUUUCAACCUUGACAACUGUGUUGCAGACUUAUAUGGUAUUAGAGCAUGCCUUUUGGAUGGUGGAGAAAUUCGAGGGGCUGGUAAUGCAUGGAUUUGCCCAGAGGGAGAAGGUGAUGAUUCUGCUAUGGAUAUUAAUUUAUCUGGGAGCAUUUUGCUUGAUAAGGUUUUGCAUCGGUACAUACCUGGAGGCAUUCAGCUGAUCCCACUGAAAAUUGGCGAGCUCAACGGAGAAACUAGACUUUCUGGCCCCCUUAUUAGACCGAAAUUUGAUAUCAAAUGGGCUGCACCAAAUGCAGAAGAUUCCUUUUCUGAUGCACGGGGCAAUAUUGUUAUUGCACAUGAUUAUAUCAUGGUUAACUCAUCAUCAGUUUCCUUUGACUUAAAUACUCGUAUUCAAACAUCAUAUAUUGAUGACUACUCGCUGUACAAGGACAUGUAUCAAAUGAAAAAGAUUAUGCCACUAGUUGUGGAGAGUGUUGAUUUGGAUUUACGUAUGCGAGGCUUCGAGUUUGCUCAUAUAGCUUCUUCAAUACCUUUUGAUUCACCAAGGCCAUUACAUUUGAAAGCAUCUGGAAGGGUCAAAUUUCAAGGAAAAGUGGUGAAACCUAGCCAGGUAGUUGAUGACAAGAUUUAUGGUGCUUUACAAGGUAUCAUGGACCAAAGUAAGCUUGAGAAUGAUGUGUCAAGGCUUGUUGGGGAGAUUUCUCUUUCAGGAAUAAAACUUAACCAACUCAUGCUGGCACCUCAGUCUACUGGUUUUCUUUCAUUGUCACGAGAUUCUGUGAUGUUACAUGCUACCGGCAGGCCUGAUGAAAAGAUUUCCAUAGAAGUGAACGGGCCAUUGUUUUUUGGUACAAAUGAGGCCACUCAAGAUGAAAGGCUUCUAUCAAUUUUCCUCCAAAAGGGGCAGCUGAAGUCUAAUAUAUGUUAUCAUCCUGAAAGUUUGACUAAUUUGGAGGUUCGGAAUUUGCCACUUGACGAGCUGGAGCUUGCUUCAUUACGUGGAUUUGUUCAGAAGGCAGAAGUUCAGCUUAAUUUCCAGAAAAGAAGAGGUCAUGGUCUGUUAUCAGUGAUUCGUCCCAAAUUUAGUGGUGUGUUUGGUGAAGCACUUGAUAUAGCUGCUCGAUGGAGUGGUGAUGUUAUUACAAUGGAGAAGUCAGUCCUAGAGCAAUCUAAUAGCAAGUAUGAGCUUCAAGGGGAGUAUGUGUUUCCAGGAACACGUGAUAGAUUUCCUAUGGAAAGUCAUGGUAAUGGGUUCAUACAGAAAGCAAUGGGAGGGCAUCUUGGUAGCAUUAUGUCUUCAAUGGGCAGGUGGAGGAUGAGACUAGAAGUUCCCGAUGCUGAAGUAGCUGAAAUACUUCCCCUGGCAAGACUUCUUUCACGAAGUACAGAUCCAGUUAUUCGUUCUAGAUCGAAGGAACUUUUCAUGCAAUGCUUGCAUUCUGUUGGGUUCAAUGCUGAAAGCUUACGUGACCAGAUAAAGGCAGUCGAAAUGUAUCAUGACUGGUUGGAUGAUGAUACAGUUGAAGAUAUAACUCUUCCGGCCUUAGCUGAACUGAGAGGUUACUGGCGUGGUUCUCUUGAUGCCAGCGGAGGAGGGAAUGGAGAUACUAUGGCUGAUUUUGAUUUCAAUGGUGAGGAUUGGGAGUGGGGCACAUACAAGACACAGCGUGUUCUGGCAUCCGGUUCUUAUAGCAAUAAUGAUGGCCUGCGUCUUGAUAAGUUAUUUAUUCAGAAGGAUAACGCCACCCUUCAUGCUGACGGAUCGAUUCUUGGCCCGCUAACGAAUCUUCACUUUGCUGUGCUUAAUUUCCCAGUUGGUCUUAUACCAGCUCUAGUUCAGGCUCUAGAAUCAUCAACUACAGAUUCAAUUCACUUUCUGAGGCAAUGGGUGACACCAAUAAAAGGUAUUUUACACAUGGAGGGAGAUUUGAGAGGCACUCUCGCAAAACCAGAAUGUGAUGUUCAAAUUAGACUUCUUGAUGGCACCAUCGGAGGCAUUGAUCUGGGAAGAGCUGAAGUAUUGGCUUCUGUAACCCCAACAAGCCGUUUUGUUUUUGAUGCAAAUUUCGAACCAACUAUACAAAGUGGACAUGUAAACAUUCAAGGGAGUAUUCCUGUGACUUACGUCGACAGCAGCUCCACGGAGGAACAUUUGGAAGCUGAAGAUGGUAAACAGGGUAUUAUAAGAAUCCCUGUUUGGGCGAAAGACAGAGGAUCAUCUAAUGAUAUCAGUGACACAAGAAUCGUGAGGGACAAGCCAGAGGAUGGUUGGGAAUUUCAGUUAGCUGAAAGUCUAAAAGGUUUAAGUUGGAAUUUGCUAGAACCAGGUGAAGUGAGGGUAAAUGCAGACAUAAAGGAUGGUGGCAUGAUGUUGAUAACUGCACUUAGUCCUUAUGCAAACUGGCUUCAAGGCUAUGCUGAUGUGCUCCUUCAGGUUAAAGGCACCGUUGAUCAGCCUGUUGUUGAUGGGUCUGCAUCAUUUCACCGAGCAACUGUGACUUCUCCUUUCCUUCGGACGCCGCUUACAAAUUUCGCUGGCAAUGUUAAUGUUAUAUCCAACAGACUAUUCAUCAAUUCCAUGGAAAGCAGGGUUGGGAGGAAAGGAAAAUUGUCAAUGAAAGGGACCCUACCUCUGCAAAAUAGUGAGCCAUCAGCCAAUGAUAAGAUUGAGUUGAAAUGUGAAGUUCUGGAUAUACGAGCAAAAAAUGUUUUAAGUGGCCAAGUAGACACCCAGCUGCAGGUUACAGGCUCAAUAUUGCGGCCGGAUGUCUCUGGGAUGAUCCGGUUAAGCCAUGGUGAAGCAUAUUUGCCUCAUGAUAAAGGCAAUGGUGCUGUUGCGACUAGGUUGGCUUCAAACAAGUCCAGCUAUCUUCUUGCUGGCUUUGGUCAAACAACUACUUCGCAGGAUGUCUCACGUUUCCUGGGUGCACUGUCAACUUCUCCAGACAAAACAGAAAGGACUCUUGAGAAUGGAAGUUUUAAGCCAAACAUUGAUGCCCGACUCAAUGACUUGAAGCUCACGCUGGGACCAGAAUUAAGAAUUGUUUAUCCUUUAAUUCUGAACUUUGCUGUCAGUGGUGACCUUGAGCUUAAUGGCAUGGUACAUCCAAAGUACAUAAGACCGAAGGGUAUAUUAACAUUUGAAAAUGGUGAGGUCAACUUGGUAGCUACUCAGGUUAGACUUAAAAGUGACCAUUUAAAUGUAGCAAAGUUUGAGCCUGAUCUUGGUUUAGAUCCUGUUCUGGAUCUCGUCCUUGUUGGAUCUGAAUGGCAAUUCAAAAUCAUGAGUCGAGCCAGCAUGUGGCAAGAUAAUCUGGUUGUAACGUCAACACGCUCCGUGGACCAGGAUGUUCUGUCACCUAGUGAGGCCGCAAAGGUUUUUGAGUCGCAGCUUGCGGAAUCGCUAUUGGAAGGUGACGGACAGCUUGCAUUCAAGAAGCUCGCAACUGCAACGCUGGAAACUUUGAUGCCAAGAAUCGAAGGCAAGGGUGAGUUUGGACAAGCACGGUGGCGGAUGGUUUAUGCUCCGCAGAUUCCGAGUUUGUUGUCCGUAGAUCCAACGGUUGAUCCACUCAAAUCACUGGCAAACAAUAUCUCUUUUGCUACGGAGGUUGAAGUGCAGCUUGGAAAACGUGUUCAGGCCUCUGUUGUGAGGCAAAUGAAAGAUUCAGAAAUGGCGAUGCAGUGGUCGUUGAUAUACCAGCUAACCAGUAGGCUCCGUGUCAUCUUCCAAUCCACACCGUCCAAUCGGCUUCUCUUUGAGUACUCGGCAACGUCGCAGGAUUGAUCGAUUUUCCCAUUUUCUUUCAUUGCACAGAGCUAGGGCUGCUGUUUUAGCCAAAAGGUUCCGUGUCCCCCUAACAUUUGUUUCUGUAGAUAAAGCAAGUAUUGGCAAGCUACACUUGCUGCGUUUUUGUUUCUUGUUGGUAGCUAUAUUCUUUCUCUCGGAAACAAAGUUUCUGAGGAUGUACAUAUGUAGCAAGUUAGCUCUCUAUCUUAGCGUCAGAUGUAAAUUUACACCCGUACAAAGGACAGCGUUUUCCCAUCA